CAGGCCAGGUCUUCUCUCUCUGUCCAAUGUGAAAGCAGCUAAAAUUGUACGCUGACAAGGCUGCUCCCUGCAGGUAGGGAACUGCCAGGCACCUAGUUCUUGAACUCCAGCUCUGGAUGACACUGUACCUCCACUGGUUUCCGGGUAGUUGUUUCUAGUCAGUUCUUAAGAAGAAACGGCCUGUCUUGCUGUCUGCAGCUGUGAGAGUGGGUGGUUUGGACAAGGGAACAGACACACCCCUACAGCCGCCCGGAGCCGUGUAUAACCGGCUGUGGCUACGGGCUCGGCAGUACCCCCCGGUGCUGAGUCCCCGCAUGAGAGCCCCACUCACGGGCGAGCUGCUUCUGGUGCCGCCUUCCACGGGGGAGCCUGGGCCCCGCCGCCGCCGCCAUGGCCCCGAGCUUCGCCGCGCCGCCUGUGGACGCGCGCUGUUGCCGGGCAACCCGGCGGAGGGGCAGUCAUGUGAUGGCGUGGGGUUGAGGCGCGCGGCGGCCUGGCCUCACGCGGAGGGAGGGGGACGCGGCGAGCGCUGAGCAAUGAAAUUUCUGUUGGCUUUUGAUUUUGACCAUACAAUCAUAGAUGAAAAUAGCGAUACCUGGAUUGUGAAAUGUGCUCCUGAGAAAAAGCUUCCUAAUGGAUUAAGGAACUCCUACCGACCAGGACAUUGGACAGAAUAUAUGGGCAGAGUCUUUGUCUACUUGGGAGACAAUGGCGUCAAAGAAGAUGUGAUGAAAAGAACUAUGACAACAAUCCCUUUCACUGCAGGAAUGGCAGAUCUUCUGGGUUUUAUUGGUGAGAACAAGGAGUUGUUUGACUGUAUAAUUGUUUCAGAUUCUAAUACAGUAUUUAUUGACUGGAUUUUGAAAGCUGCUGACUUCCAUAAGGUGUUUGAUGAAGUGUUUACAAACCCUGCAGCAUUCAGCAGUACUGGCUACCUGACUGUACGGGACUUUCACGCUCACCAUUGUGCAAAGUGCCCUAAAAACCUUUGCAAAAGGGAAGUUUUAAAAGAAUUUCUGGAUAAACAAUUGGAGCAAGGAGUAAGUUACACACAAGUUGUAUAUAUAGGUGAUGGUGGGAACGACUUAUGUCCAGUAAUGUUUUUGAAGAAGGAUGAUAUUGCUAUGCCCAGGCAGGGCUAUACCUUGGAGAAAAAGAUAUCUCAAUUGGCCCAGAAUCUCAGUCCUGUGGAGUGUUCUGUUCUGGUUUGGUCUUCUGCUAUUGACAUUAUGUCUUACUUGAAACUGCUUAUAAAGGAAUAAUUUAAACGAUAAAAGGAAACUAAUGCAGUUAUAUUUAAUCUUCCUCAGAGAAAAAACCCUGAAUGCAUAUAAAAGCACAAAAUUGUAACAGUGGGCUGUUACCUGAACAUACCUUUUUAAACACAAUAUAAAACUGUUUAUGUUUAAUCUUGGCCAUAGUGGGAAAGUGAAGUUAAAAUGGCUUUCUGACCUAGUACAUAUUCCAACAUAAGUGGAAAAAGGGGCUUGCAAAGGGAACUGCCAUUAUUCUUAAUCUUCCCCCUCUCCCCAGGCCUUUACCAACUAAGUAACUGACCUUUUCUGUCCCACAUGCAUAGGGGAAGAAGUAGGAUUAGUGCACAAAAGAAUUAAAUUCUUUACUCACAAAACAUUCGGUGCCAGGAGCAUGGUUCUGGAACUGUUGGCUUUUACAUUUCUUUGAUCAGGAUAAAUGCUCAAUUUUGUAAAUUAUUUGGUAUGCUUGUAAUCUUGUUUGAUCUGAAGA